UCCUGUAUGGUGAGGUGUUGCACAGCCCGGCGAUCCACUCGAACCGAUAGACGUGGUUCUUGCCCUGAGUCCUCGAGUCCGAACUCUUGCAUCUCGUACCUCCUUCAAUCUCUUCCAUUCAAUCUAGGCUUCCAGCAAUCGUCCGCUCGCAGAAUGUCUGGACUACCACUCCCCUCGCAAACCCUUCUCGACAUCAUCAGCUUUUGUGAUGUAUCAACACUCAAGUCACUCCGGCUGACCCAGAAAGCGAUGCGCGAGUUGAUUGACACCUAUGGACAUUCUAUCUCCACCGACAUCAAGCUCCACUCAUUUACGGCAGAUGAAGUAGCCUCGUUCCAGCUCGAGGACGGCUUUGAUUCAGAGCUCCAGUCUCUCUUUCUCCUUGAUUAUAGAGUUCGAACAACCCGGUGGCUCACAGAUGUUGCCCUCGAAAAUCUACAGGAAGACCUAGAUUUUGGUGGGUUCGGAAAUAUCGGAACAAACGAAGCACAAGGCGACUCCAUUAGAGGCCGCGUUAAUUCUGGAUGGAGUAUCUUGUGGAGAUUGUCUGAUAUAGCACAUCAAGUCGUCUUUGAGAGGACUGGCCUCAAUCCAAGGGAUGUACCCAGACGAAUCAGUUCUUUGACCCGUGGAAUGCCACUCGUGCGGGAGCUCGAGACGGCCGUCAAAAACGAGCAGACAAAAUACAUAAGCGCCCUGUCAUUUACCGAGAUAUACAAUUACUACUUGCUACACAACUACCUGGCAGCUGUUUUCAGAGAUCGUGUGUUUGAGGACCCGAGGAUAGAGACUUCGGACUGGAUCUCUGGCAAUGAGUUCGGAAUAGGGAGCUGUUGGCUGAACUGGCUUGUUCUACGAGAGGGUCCGAAUUUCUUUGCGAAGGCAUGGGGGAGCAAGGAAGGCAAUAAAGAAUGUGUAACGCUGAUUAUGUCGGAAUGGCCGACGAGGCCCAAGGAGCAAGUGCUCAUUGAACGUACUACUGCAAAGGAGGUUCAUGAACAUAUUUUGGAAACCGGAAAGCCGCACGAAAAUGUUAUUAUGUAUAACGAUUUGAUGGGCUGGGCGCAGGGCGGCAGGGAGAUUGAGAGAGCGUACCCAGAUGUUGUUUAUCACCUAGGUAGCCGCUGGCCGCGUCCCACAUACUGUUAUGCGUAG